CGGCCGGAUCGGAUCGGAAAGUCCCAUCUCAGUAAAACCGUGAAAGAAAUUCAUAGAAGUGCAUGGACAUUGGAAAAUCCUAACACUCGCAGCGAAAUUCAGCAGCUAUCCUAAACUACUAUAAAAGCUCGAGGGCAAACUAGUCAAAUCAUCAGUCUCUCAAGAUGUUUCGUUUCGUUACAAUUUUCGCUUUGGUCAGCUUUGCCUUUGCCGGCACCUUGCCCGAUGACUUCGAUGGUCGUAUUGUAAAUGGUGUUGAUACAACCAUUCAGAAGCACCCUUAUCAAGUGUCCCUGCAAACCAACUCGGGUAGUCAUUUCUGUGGUGGUUCCAUCAUCAGUGAAGAUAUUAUCGUUACCGCUGCCCAUUGUUUGCAGAGAUACACUGCCUCACAGAUGAGGGUGCGCUUGGGCUCCACUGAAUACAAUAGCGGCGGUGAAUUGGUUGCUGUUAAAUCUUUCCGCAAUCAUGAAGGUUAUAAUCCCACAGACAAGGUAAACGAUAUUGCUGUCAUCAAAUUAGCCACACCUGUCAGGCAAUCUACCAAAAUACGUUAUGUUGCUUUGGCCGAGAAGACACCUGUUACCGGUACUCCUGCUGUUGUCACUGGCUGGGGCUCCAAAUGUUAUUUGCUUUGUCUGACUGCACCCACAAUUCUGCAAGAAGUCGAGGUUGAUAUUGUCGACGAGAAGGCAUGCGCUUCCAGUGAAUAUAAAUAUGGUUCGGAAAUCAAGAAAACCAUGAUCUGUGCUUAUUCUGUGAAUAAGGAUGCCUGUCAAGGUGACUCUGGUGGUCCAUUGGUGUCUGGCAACAAAUUGGUUGGUGUUGUUUCCUGGGGUAGAGGUUGUGCCAAGGCUGGCUAUCCCGGUGUCUAUGCUGAUGUUGCUACUCUACGCAGCUGGGUUGAAAAGACCGCCAAGGAAUUGUAAAUUGAAAUGAAAAUAAAUGAUAUUUUCGAGUAAACAAAUAUUUUUAA